AUAGAGAAGGCUCGGAUUUGGGUUCAAGUCAUUUAGCUUGAUUCAUGGGCUUUUGGAUCCGACCUGUUCUGUUCGGGUCGGGUCUCUGCUCCCUGAAGGAACGAUCUGUCCCCUCCGCGAUUUCUAGAGUCUCCAGCUCGAACGCGAGUGAUUCGACUUGAAGAAAUGGAAUGCACUUCACCCUUUUGACUUCUGCGAGCUCUGCGAAAUGUGGAUCUUCUCUUCUAUUCAUUCCUAAGGAAGAUCCCUAGUGUUCGUCGACUCGUGAACGUUCGGAAAGGCGUCUCCUUUUUCGGGCUUGAUCUCCUCUUUGCUCCGACCUCAAACUCAUGUACCCUCUUCGCUCUUAGCUUCGAAUUUCACCGUGGGUGUUUUGAUUUCUUGUUUUUUCAACUUGUAAAAUAAUUGCUUUCACUCGUUCGUUCUUCAUCUGGCGACGAAGAUCAUGUGAUUGAUCGUGCUUGCUAGUUCACGGUCUCUCAUCACCAUCUAAGUUUAUCAGCAAUUCCCAGCAGUUUCUGUUCGGAUGAUGCGCCAUUUGGGUUGCUUUAACCGAUCCUCGAGCUUGAAUUCUGCACUAUCAUGAGUAUUCCUUCAUAUGCUUCGAGUAUCCCGAAGUCGUUUCUUGCAUACCCAGGUAGCAAUUUUGACUUAGAAUCAGGAACCAUCAGAAGAACUCGAAAGCCCAAAAGCUCUCCACUUCACCCGGUCAAAAUGCUCAAAUCCUUCGGUAACCAUGUUCGCUAUUUCUACAAGUUGCAUCCUUUCUUAGCUUUCUCGAUUUCCUUGUCAUUUGGGAUCACAAUUCUGGUAAUUAUAUCUGUAUAUCAGUCGCGGUAUAGCGCCAUCGGUAAUUAUCGAGAAUUUGAUGCGACUUUGGAGAACUAUCCUUUCACCAAUCUAAAGAACCUCGUGAUGGUGGCUGGGCAUUCUAUAUAUACUAGUAAGAGUUGCGAGAAAGUUGAUAAGGAGGAUUCUUGGUUUUUGGAGCCUUAUCAAAAGAAUCCCGGUCAAGCUGCUACUUUUUUAGAUCAUAUAGAACAAGGAAUUGAAAUAACGGCGAAAGAUGAAAUGGCUUUGCUAUUAUUCAGCGGUGGAGAGACACGUAAAGACGCUGGUCCUCGAAGUGAGGCGCAGAGUUACUGGGCUGUUGCUGAAUCUAGAGGAUGGUUUGGGAAGGAAGAAAAUGUCAGAUCGAGGGCCCUCACGGAGGAGCAUGCAAGGGACAGCUUUGAGAAUCUUCUGUUUAGUGUAUGUAGGUUCAGAGAGCUCACUGGAAGAUAUCCUUCUAAUAUCACUGUUGUGAGUUAUGAUUUCAAGGAAGAAAGAUUCGCUCAUCUGCAUCGCACUGCUAUCGGAUUCCCGGAGUCAAGAUUCUUUUACGUAGGAACCCCAGCUUCAUCACUUGCAAGAGAGAAAGCCAGGAAGGGCGAGGCGCUGGUGAGGCAGCAAUUUCGGGAAGAUCCUUACGGGUGCCAAGGUUCAUUGCAUCGUAAGAAGCUAGGCCGUGAUCCUUUCCACCGAACAAUUCCUUAUCCUAAAGGUUGCCCUGAGAUGCAAGGUCUGUUCAGAUAUUGCGGAGCAGCACUCUAUCCAGGUUGGCUUCCCUGGAUGUCAUAGUGCUAAUUGUUACUUUCGUGUAAGCUGGAAACGAUGCUGAUUACACACAUUUUUUUGCCUUUCCAUGUUCUUAAUAAGACCUGCAUGUCUAUAGGAAAGAGAGAUGACCAAGGAGUUAAUGAUAGCAUGAGUUUUUUUUAUGCUGUAAGCUCGUGAACCAAAAAGUCAUUUAUUAAUGUGUGUAUGUAAUAGAAUUUGACGUACUUGGACAAUUAUAUGAAGCAAAGCCAGUCCAAUCA